CAUUAGAGCGGUACUCUGUGUGACUGCACAGCGCCGGUCACCGUCAACAUUCCCCGCACAGCUUGUGUCGCUGCCUGUUUGAAAGCGGCUCAGUAAUCCUGGAUCAGAGAGCACAAAGGGCCUCUGGGUGAUGUAAGCGCUGCGUCCAGUGUUUACCCCCUCUCCCUGAUCACCCACAUGCCGCCUGGGGGGCGAUGGGGGACGCUCAUCCCCGUUCGGGACAGCCAGAGCUCCUCUGCUCUGCUGUGGAGGGAUGUGGCCCUGGCGAGGAAUCUGAGAGACUUUCCCUGUGAGGGCCACGUCGCUUCAGCUCUCCAUGGACGCGCUGCAGGACUCCAGCCGGACCAUGCUGGGGCUGAACGCCCGGCUCAAGGGCUUCAUGGAGCAGGUCAACAGACUUCAGGAGGCCAACCGCUGGCUGGAGGCGCAGAUAGCCGACUGGAGCAUCAGGAGCGCUUCCCGGAGUCAGGACUGGGUCCAGCAAGAAGAGAUCGUCAAAGAACUCCGAGCUCAGGUUGGUAAACUGCUAAUGGAGAACGCCCGGCUGGCGUUGGAGUCGGACAGCAUGAGAUCCAGAGCGGCGGUGAUCCAAGCCAGGUGUGAGAUAGAGGAGAGGAACACCAGGCGUCUUGAGCGACAGGUGGCGCUGCUUCGGGAGUCUAAGAGGAAGGCGGAUCAGAGCGCCAUGAUGCUGCAGGCGGACUGUCAGCGAUCCAUGAUGGAGCUGCAGGAGAUGCACCGGGAGUUUGAGGCGGCCCGGGCUCUGCAGCUGCAGCGGGCCGGCUCCUGCGAUGCUCUGUUAGCAACGGCCGCAUCACCUUCUUCAUCUGCAGCAGGAGGAGGAGGAGGAGGAGGAGCUGAGCAGGACGAUGGCACAGGGAUGGAGCUUAGCCAGCUCCUCGACCGGAUCAGAGCGCAGUGCGACCACAGCAGACCACCCCCGGGCCUGGGAGCUGCCCCGCAUCCACCGGCCGGCUUGGUGGGGCCUAACCGUCCCCGAGCUGCAGCAGCUUCCAGGAGCCAAAGAGGAGCUCUCAGCGAGGAGGAAGCAGCAUGGGAGCAGGUGAGCCUCGGCGGCGCCGCUCUGAGAGAGGCGCGGGCCGAGCUCGCAGAGGCCCGGAAGCAGUGGCACUCCCUGCAGGUGGAGAUCGAGACCCUCCAUGCCAUGGAGAAAGGCCUGGAGACCUCCCUGCAGGACACCCAGCAGAUGUACUCCAGCCAGCUCCACGACCUUUCCCAGGUGAUCGCUGGGCUGGAGAGCGAGCUGCAGCAGGUGAGGAGCGGCCUGCAGACGCAGCGGCAGCGCCACAGCCAGCUGCUCAACACCAAGAUGAGGCUGGAGCGAGAGAUCGGGACGUACCGACGGCUGCUGGAGCAAGAGGAGGGCAGAUACAUGAGUCGUAAUGGGCAGCCAAUGGGUCUGCGCCCUUGGAGGUCGCUGGCAGUGGAGACAAAGGAGAACGAUGAGGUGAACGGCUUCAGUGACCCCGCCAUCACACCAGACGAACCAAAGUCCGAGCCCCUGCCGGAGACUUCCUCUCUACUCCCUGCUGAAAACGGCCUGAAGAAAGGCCUGUACAGGCAGCAGAGCCUGGUGAUCCUCACAGAGCCAGAGCCAGACACAGACCUGCCAAUCUGCACUGUGAAGACUCAAGAGAUCCUUCAGGGAAAUGUGGUGCGUGAGAGCGCAGAAGGUCACGGCACCAUCGAGACGGAGAAGGUGGAUAAGGUGAUAAAGCAGUGGGAGGGAUCCUUCUUCAGAGGCAAUCCUAAACUGCGGAAGAAGUCGGUGUCGCUGCGCUUCGACCUGCACAUGGCUGCGGCAGACGAAGGCUGCGCCCAGACCAAGCAGGACAGCCUCCCUGACGUGGAGCUGCGCCUCGUCAUGAAGAGGUCCCGAAGCAUCUCCACCAUCACGCAGUGACUCUAUCGCCGCCCUGCUGGUGAUGGUGAGAAUCCAGAACUGAGCCUGGGACGCCUUCCAUUCUCAUCACGCUUUUUCAAAUGCAACCGUCAGUGAACUUUGUGUCACUGAGACUGACACGGAUCGUGAGUGUUGAUGUGACGACCUUCGAGAUUUCAAGUCCAAAAUAAGUUUCUCUGUCAUCCUAAAGGAGGAGAAAGUGUCUCAGAUAGCUCCAGUAAGUCUUCAUGGGAUAAAGAGAUUACAAGUACAACUUUGUGGCUUUUAAUCCUGGUUUAGGAGGAGGCUCAGCGUUGUAGACAAAAGCGCAGAGGUGCAGUUAAGUGAAGGACUGUAUGAGAAUUUGUCAGUCAAAAGGUGAAACCUCAUCAAUCUGCAGAGAACUGAAAGGCAACACGGAAGACAAGCUGGAGUUUUUCGCUCUCAGCACGCAUUUCUGAUGAACGAUGGUUUAAAUCUGUGCAGAUUUACUUCGCUUUCUUGGAAAAAAUGCCUUGCCAGAGGACUCCUUAACUCCUUAAAGCCGGGGAACUGAACCACCAACUUUACAAUUACCAAUCUGUGGUGACCCCAGUUGAUGUGUUGUGUGGCUAAAGCAUGUUAUCAUAGCUACACUGCAAGAAGCUUUGGCUUACAGUGACCUCUGCUGGGCAUGUGGUGCAUCGCCCAUGAUGUUUGUCACCUCCUGCUGAAUUAUAUUUGGUACAAAGGAGGACAUUUACAGAUUUAGAUGGGAAAAAUGAAGAUAAAAAUAGUCCCCUAUCAUGUAUCCUCUGGACCCCCUGAGGUUAAAUCUCACUAGCAAAGAAAUAUUUUGAUUUGUGAGCUUCUAUGAAGGCAUUGGCCCAUUUGUCAUUUCUCAAUAUGAUAAAUACAUUCAUACAUUUUAUGUCUUUACAUAAACAUCACUGUUUAAAGUUAAUAUGUGGAUAAUAUUUAAUUAUCUGAAAUUUAUUUAUCUUCUAAUGGAAAAAAAUGCAAAAGAAAAGCUGCUAAGCUAGGUCAACAUUAGCAACAAAAAUGCUGCAUAACUGAGGUUGUGUAACAUCAUAUAAGUCUGGGACAAAAUAAAUAAAUGUAAUUAGUGGAUAAGAAAGGUAACUGGAAGAUAAUUUUGCAGAAAAAGAUGAAUUUGUGAUUUGAGGACAUUAUGGUUAAAGCUAAUCAGGAGCAGCUAAUCCAGCUAAUGCUAACAGGCAGUAUUAAUGCUAAAGUCCAAACAUCACAUGUUUCAGAUUGUUUCAUGAUUUUAUUGGGUAGCAUGAAAUAUUGCAACAGGAGAUAGACAUCAAGAUCAGCGUAUUUAUUCUUUAUUCUGUCCCUUUCCCCCCAGGACAGAGUAAAAUCUAGCGCCGUCUUUUAAAUUUCCUUGAAUAUUCCUUCUUUGUGUGGUUUAAUUCACUCUAAAAAAUUUAUUUUACAUAAGGCAAAGUUUCAGCUCAUAUAUCUGCCUUUUGAAUGUUAAAAAAGUAACAAAUAUUUUAUUAAUGUUCAAAAUUAAAUCAUGAGCUGCUGUUAAAGUAAAAAAAUAUAUACCAAAACACUAACUGAAUUUACUAAAAGGAUAAUUUCCAUAUUGUUGUCAUUUUCCAGAUUUUUAAACUUAAUUGACGCAACCCUUUUCUUUUAAAGGAGUAAAAUAAUGAAAAAGAUUACAAGAAAUAAGUUAUAGAAAACAUUUUUUGACAAAAAAAGAAGAAGAAGUAUAAGAAUGUAAAAUAUUUAUUAGCAAUUUGAAAAAUUCAGGUGUGGUUUCUCUGGGUUGCUGUAUGUAUACAUAUAUUCAUAUACAUAUAUGUAUAUGUGAGGGGUUUAUAAUUUGUGAUCACUAACUUAAUCUUUUAAUAAUUUGGACAUCAUUGUUAAUUUUGUAAAAUGUCACUGGUUUUCCCCGUAAUAUUUUCCCAUGUCCUCAUCAAAAAUCAAAUCCAGAAUUAUUUUCAAAAACACGUUUCUCCUUGACCAGCUCCUCUCUGAGGUCUGGAGGUUUUGUGCUGAAAGUGUGAAGUUUGGUGACUGCUGCUGAUUCCCACAUUCCUGAUGAUUAUAAUGAAUGCUGCUCACUGUGAUCCCAUCUGCAGACUUCCCUCUGUGAGCCACAAGGGGGCAGUGUUUGCAAAUGUUUGCCCCGCAGCACCUUAUUCUGUUGAGGUUAAAACUACAAACCAGAGGGCAGGAUGUUCAUGAAUCUCUGUGCUUCACCUGGCUUUGCUUCAGUUUGAGAGCUCUGUGACUUCAGAAAUACAAACCUUGAUGCUUUUAAAUAAAGAUUUAUCAUUUCAGAAAAAGAAGAAAUUAAAUCAGGCUGUUGUGCUUCCUUCCCUGCUUUGAUGGCUUAAGUGAUGCGAGGAGUUUAUCAGAUUUAAACCCCACCCCGUCAGACACAAACAACUGAGGUUACCAUUUU